AUGAGCGCAGAGUGUGGGUUCUCCCUUUACGCAGAGCACCUUGGAGGGAAGCUUGGCGGAACAAGGUCUCCUGUUUGUGAUUUGUUGUACGAACGAGCGAGACCAGCCUGGCAGAAAUUGACAGCACAUGAGAAGCAGAUUUGGACCAAUCGUGCAAUGGAGUUGGCUCGGCUAGACCCCAGAAGGAGAUGCUUUGACGUGCAAAACAAUAUGCCUAGAAAUGGGGAAUAUGUGUGA